AAUGAUUUACUUUUCAGCUGAGAAAUUAUUCGGAGUUUUGCCAACCGCCUCGGUAGUGGCCUCCAACGUGUAUUUCGAGCCUGUGAACGAAGAGCGCUGAAAACAGCAGUACAUGUGUGUUGUCACAGCCACCUGGUGUUCCUUUUCCGACGAAUAUUGUUGCCGUUUUAUAGCGCUUCUAAUUUCUGUUCCACGUGAAGUAAUUCAUUAUUCCACUUCCAGCACUAUUGCCAUUUGUAGUACUUGAUGUUUGGCUGUUAUUCUGAUGACAUAUUGCGAAAUUCUGACUUGUUAACGGAAUCAUAAUUGAUUUUCUGAUGUAUUACGAACGCCUGAACCUGGUUAGGUCUGGGCAACCAGGUCAGAGAAAUGCUGAAAGAAAUGAAGUCAGACGAAGCGUGCACUCUUUCGGUGGAAGAAGUUACGCGCACUCUGGAGACCGAUCUUGACAAUGGCUUGUCUGAUUACGAAGUCAGCGAGCGGAAGAAAGUGCAUGGGUACAACGAAUUCAGCGAGAAGGAAGAAGCGCCCAUAUGGCAGAAAUAUCUUGAGCAGUUCAAAGAUCCCUUGAUUGGACUACUUUUGAUCUCCGCGGCUAUCAGUUUAUUUAUGCGACAGUUUGAUGAUGCGGUUAGCAUCACCGUCGCAAUUAUUAUUGUGGUGUCAGUGGGAUUCGUGCAGGAGUAUCGAUCAGAAAAAUCUCUUGAAGCACUGAAGAAACUGGUGCCACCAAAAUGCAACUCCGUGCGCAAUGGACAGCUGGACACGUUCUUGGCACGCGAACUGGUUCCCGGAGAUAUUGUGGAAAUUCGCACGGGCGAUCGGGUGCCUGCCGAUGUUCGGCUAUUCGAGGCAAAUGAUCUCACGAUUGAUGAAUCGAGCUUUACCGGUGAAAAUGAACCGUCAAGAAAGACGUCGAUCGUGCUGCCAUUCCAGGCGGGAAAACGGAGUGUUCAGGAGAAAAUUAACAUUGCAUUUAUGGGAACGCUGGUGCGAUCUGGCAAUGGGAAAGGCAUUGUCAUAGGCACUGCCGAAAGUUCUGAAUUUGGAGAACUGUAUCAAAAGAUGAAGGAUGUGGAAUCCCCGAAGACACCACUUCAAGUCAGCAUGGAUAAUUUAGGGAAACAUAUUUCCAUUUACUCCUUCGGAGUGAUCGUGAUAAUUGUCUUUAUUGGCUAUCUGCAAGGAAAACCGAUUGUAGAGAUGUUUACAAUAGGAGUCAGCCUAGGUGUCGCAGCGAUUCCCGAAGGCCUGCCGAUCGUAGUCACAGUAACGCUUGCUCUGGGUGUGAUGCGCAUGGCUGGAAAAAACGCUAUUAUUAAGCGCUUGCCAACGGUAGAAACCUUGGGUUGCUGUAACGUUAUUUGCUGUGAUAAGACCGGAACGUUGACGUGUAAUGAAAUGACCGUAACCUGCAUAUACACGGCUGACUCUCAGUUUGCGGAAGUGACAGGAAUUGGAUAUUUUGCGGAAGGGCAGGUGUUUUGCAAUCGCGAAACUGUCCAGUCGAACUCACAUCCUGCCUUGCGAGAACUAAUCGAGGUGGGGAUUUUAUGCAACAAUGCGACUGUUCAAAAUGGAUCAUAUCAUGGUCAGCCGACGGAAGCUGCAAUUCUGGUUGUUGGGCAAAAGAUGGGCCUGCGAGACAUGCGUGGUGAUUACGUGCGCACACGGGAACAAGCCUUCACGCAUGAGCAAAAAUGGAUGGCAGUGCGAUGCGCCAUCAAGGAUCCUCGAACGGGCCGCACAGGAGGACAGGAAUGGGAGUAUGUCAAGGGUGCUCCCGAAAAAAUUCUCCAGAUGUGCACUCGCUAUCGUGGCGCCAACGGGUCGUCCAUAAUGUUUCCUAAAGAUUUGGAGUUUUUUCUCAACGAAGCGAAAAGACUGUCCAAAGGCAGCGGCGAUGGUAUCCGACUAUUAGCGUUUGCCAGAGGACCGGACUAUAGGGAUCUGGAAUUUAUGGGGUUUGUGGGAAUUCAUGACCCGCCACGGGAUGGAGUGCACGAAGCGGUGGUGCUGCUACGAGCAAGUGGAGUGCAGAUAAAAAUGGUCACCGGUGACGCAGAAGAAACAGCAUACGCAAUUGCCAAUCGGCUUGGAAUUUUAGAAGGUCGGCAUUAUGUUGGACGAGGCACACUGUCGGGUGAAAUGCUGGAAAAAAUGACUUCCCAGGAAGUGGAGAGAAUUAUUGAAGAUACCGAUGUAUUUUAUCGAGCGAGCCCUCAUGACAAAUUAAUUAUAGUCGAGGCUUUGAAACGCCGAGGUAAAAUCGUUGCCAUGACUGGUGAUGGAGUGAAUGAUUCGGUAGCCUUGAAAGCCGCUAAUAUUGGUGUGGCCAUGGGAAAAGCUGGAACGGACACGUGCAAAGAGGCGGCAGAUAUGGUGUUGGUUGAUGACGACUUCAACACGAUUGUUAAAGCCAUAGAAGAAGGAAAGUCAAUCUUUUCCAAUAUAAGAAAUUUCGUACGAUUCCAACUGAGCACUAGUGUCUCCGCGCUCGCUCUGAUUGGAAUAUCGACAAUGAUGGGCAAGCACACUCCUUUGAAUGCCAUGCAAAUUCUGUGGAUCAAUAUCAUUAUGGAUGGGCCCCCUGCGCAAAGUUUGGGCGUGGAACCGGUUGACCACGACGUUCUUAAGCAACCCCCCCGAAACGUGAAGGAGAACAUGAUUACGUUGCACUUAAUUGGAAACAUUAUUUUAUCUGCCACCAUAAUUAUCACUGGGACGCUUUAUGUGUUUGUAAAAGAAAUGAGCGAUAAUCUCAUCACGCCGCGAGACACCACUAUGACCUUUACCUGUUUCGUAUUCUUCGAUAUGUUCAACGCAUUGUCCUGCCGUUCUUCCCUCAAAUCUGUUUUCACAAUAGGACUUUUUUCAAACAAAGCGUUUUUAUUUGCUGUUUGUGGAUCCCUGAUUGGACAGAUGCUGGUCAUUUAUUUUCCUCCGCUUCAGGCAGUCUUUCAGACCGAAGCUUUAACAUUUUAUGAUAUUUGUUUUUUGGUAAUGCUCACGUCGACGGUGUUUGUGGCGUCGGAGCUUAAGAAAGCACUGGAAAGAUGGAUGCGACGCAGGAGACCGGCUUUGUACAGCAGCUUAAUGGAUCCCAACAUUGUUUGAAUUUCUGUACUUCAGUACCAGGAAAAAGCUUCCUUAAUGUAUAGUAAUUAUAUUUUGGUUGAUGCAUUUUUAAAUUAAGGCACGUCUGGAUAUCAAAAUAAAAUAUAUUGUUGUUAUAUGACAAUGCUCAGCUGUUACUAUCAUUCACUUUGUAUAACGUUUACUGAAAAGUACCACGGCAUUACGAAUUUUGUUAGUCUGGUUUUGUUGUUAGAUGCUCUCACGAAAAUAG